AUGACUGACGACGACGACAGCAAUGGACCCCCGAAACUAACACGCUCCAGCCUUCCCCGAGGAUCCGGCAUCGUCACACGGCGGCCGCUCGUACUGCAGCUCAUCAACCGCCCAGCAGGCAGCCAGGUGAACGGCGUCAAGGACGACAUCGCCAACACCACCGACAAGGCCGCCAACGCCGACGAAUGGGGCGAGUUCCUGCACAUCCCCGGCCAGAAGUUCUUUGAUUUCAACAAGAUCCGCGACGAGAUCAGCCGCGAGACCGAGGCCAAGGUCGGCCGCAAUGCCGGCAUCUCCCCCGCCCCCAUCAACCUGCGCGUCUACUCGCCCAACGUCCUCAACCUGACCCUCGUCGAUCUGCCCGGCCUGACCAAGGUCCCCGUCGGCGACCAGCCCCGCGACAUUGAGCGCCAGAUCCGCGACAUGGUCAUGAAGUUCAUCUCCAAGCCCAACGCCAUCAUUCUCGCCGUCACCGCCGCCAACCAGGAUCUCGCCAACUCCGACGGCCUCAAGCUCGCCCGCGAGGUCGACCCGGAGGGCCAGCGCACCAUUGGCGUCCUGACCAAGGUCGAUCUGAUGGACGAGGGCACCGAUGUCGUCGACAUUCUGGCCGGCCGCAUCAUCCCUCUGCGCCUCGGCUACGUCCCGGUCGUCAACCGCGGCCAGCGCGACAUUGACAACAAGAAGCCCAUCCAGAUGUCCCUCGAGGCCGAGAAGAACUUUUUCGAGACGCACAAGGCGUACCGCAACAAGAGCUCCUACUGCGGCACGCCCUACCUGGCCCGCAAGCUCAACCUGAUCCUGCUCAUGCACAUCAAGCAGACCCUGCCCGACAUCAAGGCCCGCAUCGCCGGCUCCCUGCAAAAGUACUCGGCUGAGCUCGAGAGCCUGGGCCCCUCCAUCCUGGGAAACAACGCCAACGUCGUGCUCAACAUCAUUACCGAGUUCACCAACGAGUGGCGGACCGUCCUCGACGGCAACAACACCGAGCUGUCGAGCACAGAGCUGUCGGGCGGUGCCCGCAUCUCCUUUGUGUUCCACGAGCUGUACUCCAACGGUGUCAAGGCCAUUGACCCCUUUGACCAGGUCAAGGACGUCGAUAUCCGCACCAUUCUGUACAACUCGUCCGGCUCGUCGCCCGCGCUGUUUGUCGGCACCACCGCCUUUGAGCUGAUUGUCAAGCAGCAGAUCAAGCGCCUGGAGGAGCCCAGCCUCAAGUGCAUCUCGCUUGUCUACGACGAGCUCGUGCGCAUCCUGACCAACUCGCUCAGCAAGGCCCUGUUCCGCCGCUACCCGCAGCUGAAGGAAAAGAUUCACGCCGUCGUGAUCGCCUUCUUCAAGAAGGCCAUGGAACCCACCAACAAGCUGGUGCGCGACCUCGUGUCUAUGGAGGCCUGCUACAUCAACACGGGCCACCCCGACUUCCUGAACGGCCACCGCGCCAUGGCCAUUGUCAACGAGCGCCACAACCCCUCCAAGCCCGUCCAGGUCGACCCCAAGACGGGCAAGCCGCUGCCCCCCUCUGCCACGCCUGCCCGCGCCGCCAGCCCCACGCUCGACGGCGACAAGGAGAGCGGCUUCUUUGGCAGCUUCUUUGCCGCCAAGAACAAGAAGAAGGCCGCCGCCAUGGAGGCCCCGCCCGCCAUGCUCAAGGCGUCCGGCACGCUCUCGGAGCGCGAGAACGUCGAGGUCGAGGUGAUCAAGCUGCUGAUUCAGUCCUACUACAACAUUGUCAAGCGCACAAUGAUUGACAUGGUCCCCAAGGCCAUUAUGCUGACCCUUGUCCAAUUCACGAAGGACGAGAUGCAGCGCGAGUUGCUCGAGAACAUGUACCGCACGGACGCGCUCGACGACCUGCUCAAGGAGAGCGACUACACCGUGCGGCGGAGGAAAGAAUGCCAGCAGAUGGUAGAAGCCCUGGCCAAGGCCAGCGAGGUCGUGUCGCAGGUGCAGUAA